UUGGUCAAUUAACGCGAACGAAGAUCGGACGGAGAAGCGGAGUCUUCAGCUAAUCCUUGGGAGAUCCGAUUGAAGUGAGCGGUUGACCGGAGCAAUUCUCAGGAAGCGUUGAAUCUGAACAAUAUAAAUAGAAGACGGAUUAAGGAAGGCAGAUCAUCAAUUCACCCCGGACUGUUCUCGGCGGCGCCGGCGCCAGCUAUGUUUCUGACCGACGCACGCAGCAGCUUCAAUCUCUCACCAGCAAAUUAAUCCGGGUGAUAAUUCUUUGGGUGCAGCUUUAAUUCGGUGGCAGCAAUUCAAUUUGGUAUCAUCAAUUCUUGUUAGCAAGGUAAGCAGGAGUACUUCUGUGUCUUGUGGACUUUCUGGUGGCCUGCUGUUGAGGAGCUUCUGGUAUAGGGAUGUGUGUAUUAUUGGGCUCAUCAGACUCAGGAGUUCCAUUAUGAGGAGAAUUCCAGAGCUCAUGACGAACACCCGCAGAGAUUACGAUGAGGCAGCAAGGCACAUUACUGAAAUUCAAGAACAAAUGCAGGCGAUGCAAGCUCAGAUGAACGACAGCCAGAGGGCUCAAGCUGAGACAUUGGGGGCAUUCCAAACGGGCUUCCAAGCGUUCCAAACUGAGGUCAGGCAGUGGAUGAGGAACAUGGUAGCUCCAGGACCUGCCAUUCUGCAAGCUGGAGGCCAAGCGCAGCAUUCAGAAGCCGGAAGCACUUCAGUCAAUCCCCCAACCAGGGUUGAUCGACCAUCUGUAGGUCGGGAUGCACAACAUGCGAUUCAACUAACUGAUGACGGAAGCGAGUAUGGUGAGGACUUCUACACCCCGCCACGGGUCCUCGAGGAUGUGGGGCUCAAAGGGUCUCCGCGGACAACCGGUUUCCCCAGAUCAACAUGCGGGGGAUGCCCAAGGAACUUGUUCGGGUUGUCGGACGUGCACUGAUUAGGUAGAAUGCAAAACUGCUGCAUUCCGGUUUUGGCCAACUAUAGUUUAGACAUUAGUUAGUACAUGGGUAUUAUCUUUUGAUAUGAGAGCAUGUCGGUUUGGUCACCUAUGGUUUAGUCAUGCGUGAGCUAACUGUUUGCGUGCAAUAAGGAGGUGCUUAGUUUGCUUUUUGGUUCAAAUAUAUCCUGCGUAUACAUUUGGCGUGUGCAGAAAAAGUGCGUUGGGGG